UAAUAGUUCCGAUCCGGCCAUCGUGUGGUGAACUGUUUCGCCUCGUAUCGUAGCUAAAAUACUGUAUGGUGAGGAAUAAAAGGCGACAGUUGCUUAUGUUGGCUUCGGUCCGACAAGGUCUUCUGUAACUUCAACAUAAUUAUCUACGGCGGCUUUAUUCAAGGAAAGUUUAUUGCAUUACUCCAAAAGGAUAUCAACGACGUAAAUAUGACUGCACCUCAAGGAUCCAACUUGCUGCUGGCUCUGGUACAAAUGGCUGUGAAGCAGAACAAGCCUGCCAAUCUCAGUAGAUGUGCUGAGCUGGUCGGAAUUGCUGCUCAAAGUGGUGCUAAAAUUGUUGCUCUCCCUGAAUGCUUUAACUGCCCAUAUGGAACAAAGUAUUUUUCUGAAUAUGCUGAAGCAGUGCCAGGGGAAACAACAGAAUUCUUGAGUUCAUUAGCGAAGAAGAACCAAGUAUGGCUUGUUGGGGGCUCCAUUCCAGAGCGCGAUGGCAACAAACUUUACAAUACCAGCACUGUCUACUCCCCAACUGGUCAACUCAUUGCCAAACACAGGAAGAUUCAUCUGUUUGACAUCAACAUCCCUGGGUCGAUCAGCUUCAAGGAGUCGGAGACGCUCUCUGCUGGCGCGGCAUUCACCACUUUCGAUGUCAUGGGCUGGAAGGUGGGCCUAGGCAUCUGCUAUGACAUCAGAUUUGCCGAACUUGCCCAGGUUUACGCCAAAUUAGGGUGCAACCUGUUGCUCUAUCCUGGGGCAUUCAACAUGACCACAGGACCGGCGCAUUGGGAGCUGCUGCAGCGAGCUCGAGCUGUUGACAAUCAGGUGUACGUGGCGAGUAUAUCUCCUGCCCGGGACGUGAAUGCUGACUACAUUGCUUACGGCCACAGCCUUUGUGUCGACCCAUGGGGCUGCCUCGUGGCUGAAGCUGAUGAGGAUGAGACUAUCGUCUAUGCGGAACUCGAUGCCAACGAAGUGAAGAGUAUUCGUCAGAACAUUCCUAUCUCCAAACAGAAGCGUCCUGAUCUUUACCAAGUGCAAUACAAGAAGUGAUGGAUAUUGGGAAUAACUACUACCGCGUAAUACACGUUUUCAUAUUUCACUGCCACUAUUUUAAACCACUGCUUCGCAAUUAUUAUGGACGCUUGCUUGAGGCAUGAUGGAUUUUUGUCUUUUGCCUCAAAUCGGAAAUUUUUUAUGCUAAUUUACUGGACAAACUCUCAUCCGCAAUUCUCAACUCCGAUGGACGCCAUGCUCUAUUUCACUAAUGCCCUUUACAACAGCUAAUUUUUUUCUUCGUUUCCUUUGACAGAGCUGAUCUGAAGCGCUAGAAAUCUCCCCUCUACUACUUGUUCGUUUCCUUGCCUCGUUACUAGACCUUCUGAUUUCCAUUUUUUUACGUGUUCUGUGUGAGGUUUUUAAUUUUUCUCCCAAGUCUAUCGUACAGCAGUAUUAAAAGAAUGCUCUAAUAAGUGCCUUCUUGCUGGUCUUGGUGUUGGUGAUAAUUGGGUUCAUGGGUGUUUGAAUUUUCACAGGUUAAUAUGAUGCGGUUCGCAACAUGGUCGAAUAUUUAGAAUAAGAAAAGCCGCAGGACUUUCACUUCGUCUGUUGACGGUGUGUUGUGGCUAACUGUGCCAAAUAAGGAGAAACUAAUAGCUGCUUCUUUAGAUGUAUUGCUUCUGGUGUUCAUAAAUCAAUUACAUUUCAAUUGUUUCAAUCAAUCUGCUCUCGUCGAGAGCAGGUACCUUGCAAAUUUCAUCGUGGUCUGAAAACAGAAUUUCAGAGCAAAUGUAAUGACAAUCAAAAUUAAAAUUUCCUUCUCGAAACUGCGAGAAAAAUUGGGGCUUGUGUCAGAACUGAAGUAAGAAUGAAGGUGCCUGAUGUUGAUCUUGUGCAAUUGAGAUUCUAGUCAAUACUCCGUUUUAGCUUUAAUUAUAUAACCCUGCGUUUUCAAUGUAGAAUUUGUUUAACCCAUCAAACGAUUUAAAUGAAAUCAUAACGUAUAACUUGUGUUAUAUUCCUAAUGAUGUUACCGACGAGGUUUUUCAAAUGAAUAAAAUGAAAGCAAAUUUUAUGA